GAGUAAAGAGCUGCGCGAACCGGUGUUGGCUGGACCGGACUGGCUGGCUGGCUGGAGGGAAGCUGGACUUGCUUGCACCCGGGACCGCUGGAAAAAAAAGCCAGGGAUAUGGCCCUUCCCGGGGAGCGUGGGGUCAGCCCCCUGGUCAAGUACCUGCUCUUCUUUUUCAACCUGCUUUUCUGGGUGAUUUCCGUGGUGUUGGUGGCCGUCGGGAUCUAUGCACGUCUGUUCAAGCAUGGAGAAGCAGCUGUGGCUUGUCUUGCUAUGGAUCCGGCCGUCCUGCUCGUGGUCAUUGGUGUCCUGAUGUUCUUCAUCACGUUCUGUGGCUGCGUGGGCUCCAUGCGGGAGAACAUCCCUUUGCUGCUGACGUUUUCCUUCUGUUUGGCCCUCCUUUUCCUGCUGCAGCUGGCUGCGGGCGUUCUUGGAUUCGUCUUUUCGGACAAGGCACGAGAGAAGAUGAGUGACAUGGUCAAUAACGCCAUUGUGCACUACCGAGAUGACUUGGACCUGCAGAACCUGAUCGAUUUUGGUCAGAAGGAGUUCGGCUGCUGUGGGGGCGUCUCCUACAGGGACUGGUCCCAAAACAUGUACUUCAAUUGCACACCCCAAAAUCCCAGCCGGGAAUUUUGCUCGGUGCCUUAUUCCUGUUGCCGGCAACCGAAAGGCCAGUUGGUCAUCAACACUAUGUGUGGUAAAGGAGUGCAGACCCUCAGCUACUCCAUAGCGGGCGAAGUCAUUCACACCAACGGCUGCAUCGAGAGGCUGGUGGACUGGAUGCACAGCAACCUCCUGCUCAUCGGGGCCGUGGCCCUGGGCCUCACGCUCCCCCAGCUGAUUGGCAUCCUGCUGUCCCAAGUCCUGGUCAGUCAAAUCAAAGACCAGGUCAAGUUCCUGAGCUAUAACCAGCGACACCAGACCGAUUAUUGGUAGUCAAGGACGGGCAUCAAAGGAGCCCCUUGGUUGAGGAGCAGAAGAUGUCCAAGAACUUCCUGCUUGGAUGCCUUCAGGAACUGGAAAGAUCUCCAUCCAGCUAAGCUUCCAGGAACUUUAGAGGUGGACACCACCUUCUCCCUUUCUCCUGAAUUUAGGAAGAAGAUCCCCCGUAAGGUGGACUUUGAAGGAGCAGCAUAAGAAGAGCAUUGACAAGGUUUUGAACUUGGGUGUUGGAGAAGACAACUUAGAACAGGGGUCUCCAACCUUGGCAACUUUAAGAC